AUGCCUCUCUCAUGGGGUUUAGAACUCACCGACGGUGGUGCGGUGGUGUGGCGAAGAUCAGCACCUCACAGCAAAUCGGUGGAGGUGAUCGUCGAUGCUGGUCUGGCGGGCGGUGCGGCGAUCGCGGUCGUCAAUGCGGCGAUGUGGAGAAGAUCGGUGAAGAUCGGGCGAAGAGCACAAUGGCUACGUGCUGCUAUUCUUGGAGCCAAUGAUGGUUUACUCAGCACAACCUCACUCAUGCUCGGUGUCACUGCUGCUAAGGAUGACAAAUGGUCUGUGAUUCUCUCUGGCAUGGCCGGAGCAAUUGCCGGAGCUUUCAGCAUGGCAGUUGGUGAGUUUGUCUCAGUGUCCACACAAAGAGAUAUAGAGAUGGAAAUGAAAUCAUGCAAUGCAAUGCCAUUGCCAUCUCCGGUGAAGUCUCCGGUGAUGAAAUCAAUGGCAAGUGUUCGAGAUCAUGAUCCGCCUAGCCCCGUGAAGGCGGCGACAGCAUCUGGGUUGGCAUUUAUUGCCGGAUCUCUUGCGCCGCUGCUUUCCGGUAUGUUUGUGAGUGGGCACAUUGAGAGGGUGGCGAUGCUCGUAGGAGUGAGCUCUGUAUCUUUGGCUUUGUUUGGAAUUCUUGGAGCUCAUCGGGGGAGGUCUCCGGUGAGGGAGUCUGCCAUGAGAGUGUUGGUUGGAGGAUGGAUGGCAAUGGCAGUGACAUAUUGGUUGUUGAGACCUUUUCACGGAAAAGAUGCAGAUGAUUGA